AUAUAAAAUCCAUUUACCGUCAAUCUUUUUUUAUAAUAUAAUACUCCAGUAUAGUAUACUUGGACGUAUAUAUGUUUACCGCGAGUGCAACUGCCUGGAACGGCUGUCGCUGGCGGCGAGAACAUUCCAGUGCACGGCGACGGCGAACAGGCCGAAGAGAAGAGAGCACGCGACGGGCGGUGCAUCGAGAUCCACCCGUCGCGCGCGGGAAGAAGCGACGGCGACGGCGACCUCUUCGCGAGGCCAGGCUGCUCGUCUCCAUGCGCGUGCGGCGCAGAACGCGAUAAGCCUGCGGUGCAUCCCGACCGUCCGUUCCCCCACCAUGGGAUGGUUUCCUUUCAAACCUCACGCGCCCCAACGGUUGCGCUUGGCCUCCCGCACGUACUCACCACCUCCAAACCCCUCCCGCUCCCGCGCCACUGACGGUUCGGGCACGGGCUUGCCCCGACCCACGGGUCAGUUUCACUAAAUCUCUGUAUUAAUAAGCACGCCCAUGGCGUAAUCUCCGGUGGUCGCAACGCAAACCCUAGGGAGAGACGACACCUAGCGAUGGGCAAGGGCAAGAAUAAGAAGAAGAAGGCGCCCGCCGCCGCCGCCUCCUCCCAUGUAGCGGUCAACAGCGACGAGCCGCAGCAGGUGGAUUCGGCGUCGGCCAGCGGAGACGCGAUUCAACCGCCGAUGCCCACUCCGGUUGGGGACGAUGAGCCGCCGCCGGAAUCUGCGGCGAUUCCCAAUGGAGAACAUGCUGCGCCGCCGCCAGUUGAGGCGGCCGAUGGCGUCGAGUCACCGGUGGAUUCUGCGGCAGCGGCCAAUCGAGACCCGUCGACGCCUACAGUUGGCGACGAGAUGCCACCGGAUUCAGCGGCGCCGGCCGACGCGAACUCGCCGCCUUCGAUUGAGGCAGCCAACAGCGGCGAGCCGUCAGCAAAGACGGGGUCAGAGGACCAGGUCCCGGAGGAGAGGCGGGACUCGUCGCCGGAGCAUGAGGUGGAGAAUCUCAAGUCGCUCAACGGCACGCUCCUUAAGGAGGCAGUUGAGGCGCGGGGGGUGGUGGCCACGCUCACCGCGCAAGUCGACCAGUGCUCUGCCGAUGCUGCUGCACUCGCCGAUCUGGAGCAUGUGGUCUUCCGGGCUGCCCUUGUUGCCCCCCUCCAAGCUGCCGCCGAGCAUGGCACGGCGCUGCGCGGGCACCUAGCCGACGCCCAGCAGUCGCUCCAGGUCGCGGAGGCGAGGGUGGCUCGCAAGACGGAUGCCAGGGUCGAGGCUGCAGCGCGCUUGGAGGAGGCCGAAGUGGAUACACUUAAAGUCGAGGAGUUCCUCCGCAGGAAGCAGGUGGAGGCCGCCUCUGCGUCCGAAAAUGUCACCCAAUUGGAAUCCUCUGUUGGUGAACUGGCGGGGAAGAGUACUGAGCUGUGUGCAGGGAAAGGCGAAUUGCAGAAGCAAUUGGGGGAAAUGAGUGCCACGGCUCACAGUGUCAGUGCUCUCAAGGCAGAAGUGGAGGGAAACUUCCAUGAUUACAAAAAGAGCACAGAGAUAUGGAGGCAGGAAAUGAAGGAGAAGCUUGAUGAGAAAUCCAAGCAGUUGGACAGCCUGAUAUCCAGUGAGGCGGAAAUGGAGGUGAAGAUCCAGUCUUUGGAGGCAAAGCUCUCGGCGGCCCAGGCUAGGAACAGGGAAAUGGAGUUGGAGAUAGAGACUAGCAAGGCAGAGUUAGAUGCCGCGCAGAAGGAGGUGGAGAAUCUCCAGAUCGAAGUUGCAAAUGCCACCAGCAAGUAUAACACAGUGGUGGCUGACGUGGAUAGUUUCCGCAAUGAGAUUAACGAGAUGAGGAAAACAAAUGAAGCGGCUGCGGCUGCAUUUGCUACUGAGAAGACCAAGUUGGAGAAGGAACUGGAUGGGCUGAAGAGGAGGGUUGAAAAAAUUCAAGCCAACAAGGAUGCUGCCAUGGCCUCUGUCCACCAGAAAGAUGCUGAGGCUGCAAAGCUGAUGGCUAAGCUGACUGCACUGAACGGUACCAUAGCGGAUCAACGUGUUCACUGUGAUGAUCUCAAGAACAAGUAUUCUUCGCUCCUAGCUGAGAAGGUUGUGCUUCUGAAAGCAUUUGGCAAGGAGAAAUCUGAAGGAGACAAGCUAAGGCUGAACCUUGGGGAGCUUGAGAGCUAUAAUGCUGAGAAGGACCGUGACAUUGGGGUGUUGAAGGCAGAAGCACUAAACAAGGAAAGACAGAUCGGUAGCCUGAAUGGGAAGCUUGAGGAGCUGCAUCUCGCAGUCGCUGAGGCGCGGCAGAGGGGGAAGAGUAGCGCGUGGACAUGGCUGUGCCCUACCACGACCGUUCUCGCCGCCGCUUCCUUUGUCUACGCUGCUCGUAGCCGGUGAACAGAGAACUCUUUUACUCGCUUUUUGUUCGCUUGCUUGAGCAUGCACAAAUAAGAAUAACCAGGCUUCCACUUGUUUUACUACCUACUUUUGCCAUAUGACGAACCGUUUGGUACUAUAAAUGAAGUUGAGUUUCUAUA